GUAUCAUCCCUGUGUUUGUCCAUGAGUGUGUAUGUCAGUGUGUUCCAGUCUCUGUGUGAGUGUCGUCCCCAAUCCCCCAUCCUCCCCCCCUGGAUCUCUAAUUAGUGGUUUGGGGUUUGUUCCUUUUCCCUCCUGUUCCUUUCCUCAGCAGCGGCGGCGGCGGCAGCAGAAGCAGCAGCAGCAAGAGCAGCAGCAAGGACCCUGGAGUCAGAGUAGGAGAGUGAGAUCGGAGCCUGUGCAGGGACAGGAGUGGAGCUGGCCUGGGAGGGGAACAGAUCCCUCCCAGGAGCCACUGGCCAUCCUUUGCCUGCACCCUCACUGCCAGACCUCCAGAGGAGAGACCCAGGACACCCAGCCCCACAUUCUCCCCAGGAUGGCGUCCUCCCUGCUUGAGGAGGAAGCUCACUAUGGCUCCAGUCCCCUGGCCAUGCUGACGGCAGCAUGCAGCAAAUUUGGUGGCUCUAGCCCUCUGCGGGACUCAUCAACACUGGGCAAAGCAGGCACUAAGAAGACAUACUCUGUGGGCAGUGACCUUUCAAUCCCCAAAACCAUGGGGGAUGCCUACCCAGCCCCCUUUUCAAGCACCAAUGGGCUCCUCUCACCUGCAGGCAGUCCUCCAGCGCCCACCUCGGGCUAUGCCAAUGACUACCCUCCCUUUUCCCACUCAUUCCCUGGGCCCACAAGCACCCAGGACCCUGGGCUACUAGUGCCCAAAGGGCACAGCUCUUCUGACUGCCUGCCCAGUGUCUACACCUCCCUGGACAUGGCACACCCCUACGGCUCCUGGUACAAGGCGGGCAUCCAUGCAGGCAUCUCACCGGGCCCAGGCAACACUCCUACCCCUUGGUGGGACAUGCACCCUGGGGGCAACUGGCUAGGCAGUGGUCAGGGCCAGGGUGAUGGGCUGCAAGGGACACUGUCCACAGGCCCUGCUCAGCCUCCACUGAACCCCCAGCUGCCCACCUACCCAUCUGACUUUGCCCCCCUUAAUCCAACCCCCUACCCAGCUCCCCACCUCCUGCAACCAGGGCCCCAGCAUGUUUUGCCCCAGGAUGUCUAUAAACCAAAGGCAGUGGGCAAUAGUGGGCAGCUGGAGGGGAAUGGUGGGGCCAAACCCCCCAGGGGUGCAGGCACCGGGGGCAGCGGUGGAUAUGGGGGCAACGGGGCAGGGCGCUCCUCCUGUGACUGCCCCAAUUGCCAGGAGCUGGAGCGGCUGGGGGCAGCCGCGGCUGGGCUGCGGAAGAAGCCCAUCCACAGCUGCCACAUCCCCGGCUGCGGCAAGGUAUACGGCAAGGCCUCACACCUGAAGGCCCACUUGCGCUGGCACACGGGUGAGAGGCCCUUCGUCUGCAACUGGCUCUUCUGCGGCAAGAGGUUCACCCGUUCAGACGAGCUGGAGCGCCAUGUGCGUACUCACACCCGGGAGAAGAAGUUCACCUGUCUGCUCUGUUCUAAGCGCUUUACCCGAAGCGACCAUCUGAGCAAACACCAGCGCACCCAUGGCGAGCCAGGCCCUGGUCCACCUCCUGGUGGCCCCAAAGAGCUGGGGGAGGGCCGCAGUGCAGGAGAAGAGGAGGCCAGUCAGACCUCUCAACCUUCAGCCUCACCAGCACCCACAGAGAAAGCCCCUGGAGGCAGCCCUGAGCAGAGCAACCUGCUGGAGAUCUGAGCUGGGUGCAGGGUCUCCGGCACCAGUCCCAGGGCUGCCUUGUCAGCCUCUCCUGGUUCGGUGGACCACUGCUUGCCCCUCACCCCCUUUGUCCUGUGCAUGCUGCCCCACUGGGGCUCUCUCCAUCUCUCCCCUGGCCAUUGUGGGCCAGGGUAUUUUCCUCAGUGCCUUCUCAUCUCACCUCCUCCUUUCUCUAUGAGUCCAGCUUUCUGCAAACUCUCAUCCGAGACCCUUCCCUUGUGCCUCAUUCCUGCACUCUGGCUUCCUGAGCUCUACCCUUGCCCUGCUCACAGCUUCUCUCUCCUGUGGUCUUGCCACACCACUUCACUUUCCUUCCAAUUGGGCACCCAACUCUUUACUUCUCCAUUUCAUUAACUCCUUGACAUGCAUCCUUUCUGCUCCCCAAGCUUAUUUACCUCUAUUCCUUAGCUUCCAGACUCCAGUCUUCCUAACCUCUUACUCCACUGCUUUCCGUUCUCCAGAGCCUUCUUCCUUUUUUCCAAACACAAUGAUGAUGAUGAUAAUUUAUUGCCCCCUGGUGGCCCCUUCGUUAGGUACUAGAGUUAAGGGGA